CGCACGCGCAAUGGAAGGCUGCGAGGCGCGUAUGGCAUCCUGGGAGUUGUAGUCUUCUGCAUCAGCGCCCCCCGAGCCCGGCUGGAGGUUUGCGGAUGAGGGCUGCAAUGACUGACAUCUGAUUGGCUGUCUCCAAAAAUGAAAAGUCUUUGUGGGCGUGGGCUGAGACCCACGAGGAGACGGGGGCGGGAUUUCGGGCCGCAGGAGGCGGGGCCUCUGGGCUAUGGGCGCGAGCGGUUGAAAAGACAGUUGGUGUCGGUUCGGGUGCUCGGGUCGGAUUCCGCCGUUCCAGCUGGUCCCCAUGGCUGACCCUGAGGAGUUGCAGGUUUCCCCGCCGCUCCCGCCGCCUCCGUCUUCUCCUUCAUCUUCAGACACUUCUUCAGCAUCGUCGCCGGGCGUCCUCGUGAGUUUGGGCCGGCCAGUUCGGAGCAGGAGCAGCGGCGGGGCGGUGGACCCGCUGGAGGAAGUGGAGCUGCAGAUCGGAGACGCAGCAUUUUCAUUAACCAAACUUCUUGAAGCCACAUCUGCAGUAUCAGCUCAAGUGGAAGAGCUUGCCUUCAAAUGUAUGGAAAAUGCACGUUUCCUUAAAACAUGGCGGGACCUCUUGAAAGAAGGCUACGAUUCUUUGAAACCUGACAACUGAUUUGACAUGCUUAGUUGUUUAAAUAACGACGCUAAAAUUCAUACAUCCUCAUGCGUAAUAUUUGCACAUUACUACAUGUAUAGGAUGAUCUCUUUUCAGCAGUUUUGUAUACUCAGAAUGAAAUUUUUCUUGACUUUUGUGAAAAUAGAAUACUGAUGUUAUUUUUGAUGCUGGCCAGUACUGGUUUAUCCUCAAAUACUUUCUUCUUUGUAAACUUUUAUAGAAUCCUUUAUGAAAGCUAAUUUUAUUAGUAAAUGGUUAAUAUUCAUAGUGCCACAGUGCUACCAAUAACAAAUGAGGUAGACCAUUAUUUGUUUUGCAACAAGAUGCUAAGAAUGGCAGAAUUUGAAGUUGAGCUUUAUCUUACGGACCAAGGAAGGUAACUUUAAGGUCACCAAUCAUAGAUCCCACUUCAUUAGGCUAUGUUUUCUAGAGACAGUGAUUGUUUUUUAUUUACUUUCUAUAACUCUGGCACUUAAAAAAGUGUCACACAACACUCACUUAAAUGUUUGUUGAAUGAAGGAGUUGACAAAUAUAAUUAAAAGCUAUGUUUUCUUCCUAUAUUUAGCAUGAAGAUCGUUUCUCAAAAAAAAUGUAUGAAUUAGAACUUCAUUGACUUGAAGGAAAAUGUUCUCUUUUUAAUGGGGAUUUGAAUUUUGAUGAUAGCUUUUUUAAGUACAUGAUAAAAAUUUUUGUCCUUCUAUGACUUUUUUUAAAAAGUCUUUACUUCAGAAAAUGAAAGACUGUCUAGAAAGAAUGCAUGUUAUUUUCCCUAUUUAUUUCUAUGGUUAACUGCUUUUAUAGUUUUUUGUAUUUGAUAUUUUAUAUCUUUGAUUACAGUCUUUAAAGUGCCUUAUCAAAUGUAUGGCUCUGUGCUGUUACUUUUGGAGCUUUGCAAGUUGUUUAUAUAGUAAUUCUAAGGGAGUUUCUUAGUUUCCAAUGUAUCAAAUUUAAAUGAUGUGAUUGUUUUCAUAUUAUUUGACCUUAGUGACAACGUUCUAUUUUGUUCUGUAUAUUAUGUUGCUUUUUUGGUGGUUUGUGUCAUAUGUCAACAGUUAAGCCAACUAAUUCUUUACUGUAUAUAACUUCUGAACAUCUUUGAUACGACAUUUUAGUUCUUUGUAAAUAUGGGGAUGUGUACAGAACUAUAUUCUAAAGCCCCUGUAUAAUGGGGCUAUGAAAGGGGACAGACGGAUGGGCAAAGAAUAGUUUUGUUUAGCAUAUUAGAUCAUAGUCCUUGAUUAAUUUUUUAGUGUGUUUUUUAUACCAAAGAGAUGCAUAUUUCAGUAUUAGAAAAAUAUUUUUCAUAUAUCCUGACAUUGCAAUUUUUAAAAUGUGCAAAAAUAAACUCUUAUUAAAAGCAAAUCUUAUUUCCAUUUCUUUGGGUUCAUUAUUUUAAAACUUUUUAUUGACAUAUUUUAAAUAUAUGGGAAAGGUGGAUGAUUUAACAAACAUCCAGGUAUUCCUGCCAUGCAGAUUUAAUAAAUAUUAGUAUUUGGCUAUAUUUUGUUCAGAUAUACAUAUAUGAAUGUAAAUGUUAGAUACAUUUGAAGCUUGCUUUGUUGCCUCUUUGAUCCUAUCCCCUUUCUCUCUCCCUUGAGGUAGCUAUUAUUCUAGAGGUGGAUAUUCAAGGUUGUGUUUUAUAUUUUAAUAUGUAUGUAUUCAAAGCACUACAAAAUGUCUUGUGUAUGUGGUAUCCUGCCUCCUGAUCUUCAUGCCCCUGUAUAGUUCUAACUUGUGUAACAACCAAGAUAUUAAGGAAACGCACUGUGUGAUUUCUGAGGCCAUUUCUUGAUCAUUUUUCUAUUUUGUCUUUUCCUUGCCAGUCUGUAGAUGUUAUAUAUUUUGAAUACUAAUGAUCUGUUAUGAAUGUUUCAACUAUUUUUGUAGUCUGGUUUGUUUUUGUAUUUUUUAUAUGAUGUGUAUAUGUUAAUAAAAACUUGCUUGUUUU